CAUGCCUCAUUCCCGCACUCCCGCAUUCCUGAUCGUGAACCCUGGUGUACCGACCUCCGCCUUUCCUCCGACCUGCUUGUCUGCGGACCUGCUCUCUACUCCUGACAUCUUAGUUACCGCUGCUCUACUCGACUGUCUGCCAGAUCCCCGACCUUGGAACGAAUAAACACUUUUCCCAAACUGCCUCUGCAUCUCCGGAGUCCUGCAUUUGGGUCCUCCUCCGUACCAAUGGGUCGUGACAGAACAAUCUGGCCAACACAGGACCCAGCAGGAAAGACACGAGAGGUGGCGAUGGUUCUCCAGCUGCCUCACGUUCCCGUCCAGGAAGUGGCGAGGGCUCCGCAGCCGCCUCACGUUCCUGUACAGGAGGUGGCGAGCGCUCCGCAGCUGCCUCACGUUCCUGUCCAGGAGGUGGCGAGGGCUCCGCAGCCGCCUCAUGUUCCUGUCCAGGAGGUUCUGAUGGGUCUGCAGCCGCCUCACGUUCUUGUCCAGGAGGUAGCGAUGGUUCUGCAGCCGCCUCACGUUCCAGUCCACGAGGUGGCGAUGGCUCGUAGGCAUCCUCACGUUCCUGUCCAGCAGACGCCGAUGACAUCACAGUCGCCUUCGUUCAAGUAUCGGCAGCGACCGGCCUGCAGCCUUCCCCCGCCCCUGUCUCAGCGGCGAGAGGUCCCUGGCCGCCCCGCGCUUCUGCUUCGACGGCAAUCAGUCCGCGGUCGUCACACACUUCUGCUCCGACGGCGACCGGUCCGCGGCCGUCCCACGCUUCUGCUCCGACCGCGAAUGGCACACGGUCGUCCCACCCCCCUGUCUCGACGGCGACAGGAGCUGGGGAGUUCAGAUGCCCCCCCCCCCCACUCCCGAAACUGGAAGGGCAUCUGGAAUGCUAUGAUUGUGAUCAUGGCGGUCAUGGCUUUGAUCAUUUUCUUCGUCGUCCUCCUCACUCCUGAUGGUUCCCAACCGCUUCAUGACCGAGCCUCGGCAGCGACUGAUCCCCACCCACUUCAUGAUGAAGCCUCGGUGGCGACCGAUACCCGGUCGUUUCGCAACCGCGUCGUCUUGGGAGGCCUUCGUCCGGAGCAGUUGCAUCCUUUUGUCUGGUUCCUGCUUUGCCGUUGGAUUCCUCCUCGAGGACGUCCAUCCAAAUCACCCCGUGGGGACCCUGGUGCUUGGCGUCCAGAUCAUCCUCCUGAUCUGUCCAGCCGGACGCCUUGCUUUUUUGCUUGCACCAGACAGACUAGGGUUUAGGAGGGGGGGGGCAGGGGGUCCCCGCACAGCUGCACUGAUAAGGAGGCGCACACUUGCGCCUCAUCGACAGUGAUUACCCCCUGUAUAUAUUGGACCCAAUUGACGGUCUGGCUUGGCCACAUCGUCGCCACCCAUGCCACGUGUAACGACCCCUGCUAGCCCGCAGACCUGC